GUGGAAGUGGAGCCGAAAAGUAGCAGUUCAGAACGAAGAUUUGCAAAUGACUUAAAUUUGCACAAAAACGCGAUAAAUUCUUAAUUAAACUAAUCGGAAACGCAACGAUUGCGUAUUAACAUAUAAAAAUAACUAAAUUUUAUAAAUUAUUGAAAUAUUAAACGACGCGAAAACGAACGAAACCAAAGUGGUGCACAUGAAUUAGUGAAAAUGUAAUUUCUCUGCUGCACGACUACGAAAAAGAAGACGACGACGAAGCAAAAAAUAAAAAGAAAAGCAAAGAUAAAAAUAAAAAUCUGUGACAAGCACUGGUGUAAAUAUCCAAAUCCUUUCGGAUUGAUGAAAACUGCAUUAACGUGGACGAAUGCGGUCUAAAUAGGACUGUUUUAUUUGUUGCAAACGAGAAAUAUUAAAUUUAUGUAUAUACAUAUAUUGCGUAUAUUGUAUAAAGGAUAGGGAAGAAGAACAGCACUAAACCAAAACGACAUAGUCGACGAAGAAGAAGAACGGAGUUGCGAAUAAAAGAUAUUUCUGCGGGCCAGACGUAAGGCGAAUUUUUUUUAUUUAUACAAAAUCGAAACUAUUGUGAAGCAUAAAAACUGUAGUGGGGAUUAGAAUAGAUGUGGAGCAAACUGACUGCGUAAACUCCAGCAGUCUGAAACAGCUUUACGGAGCUAAUUACGAAUGGCUUAUAAACGGAUGUACGGAAGACUUUCUGCACGCCCACUGUCGUCUGGCGCUAGAGGACAAUAGACACCCUCUAACGUUUGGACAACAUAUUUUUUGUUACCUUUUUUUAAUUUUGGAAAGCACCUGUUAAUCACAUAUAUGCCUGCACACUGUUUAACCAAUAACGAUCACUUGCCGCCUGAAACCAAACCAAUGCUCGCUAUCAACGAGGAUCAACACUCGGAAGCGUCACACGCACGCAACCAUAGCGAUGGCAACGGAGAAGUGCAUGCCAAUGGCAAUGCCAACGUUACCAACCAACAACAACGUCAACAAACUGCCGGCAGCAAUAACAACAGCAGCAGUGUCCACGAAACAACACAGUUACCACCUUUGCCAGACGGGCCGCUGUGGUCGGUGCUUUACGAUUACGAUGCCAAAGGCGAGGAUGAGUUGACACUGCGUCGCGGUCAGAUUGUAGUGGUGCUAUCCAUGGAUAGCAAUAUUUCGGGUGAUGAGGGCUGGUGGACGGGCAAAAUUGGCGAUAAGGUCGGCAUUUUUCCCAGUAACUUUGUGACAGACCAAGAUCCUAUGCUGCCGGACGUGCCCUCAGCUAUUGGCGACAUACAACCGCACGAAAUUGACUAUGCCGAACUCGAGGUGGGCGAGGUGAUAGGCGCCGGCGGCUUUUGCAAGGUGCAUCGCGGCUAUUACAGCGGCGAAGAGGUUGCCAUCAAGGUGGCGCCGCAAGCCGGUCCCGAUGUUGAAUCGAAUCGCGACAAUGUGCUACAAGAAGCGAAGCUAUUCUGGGUCGUUAAACACGAAAACAUAGUGGCACUGCGUGGCGUCUGCCUAAAGCCGCCCGAUUUGUGUCUUGUGAUGGAGUAUGCGCGCGGCGGCAGUUUAAACCACAUUUUGGCGCGUGGUAAGAUUCCACCCGAUGUGCUGGUUAACUGGGCAAUACAGAUAGCACGCGGCAUGAAUUAUUUGCACAACGAAGCACCCAUCUCGAUUAUACACCGUGAUCUGAAGAGUUCCAAUGUGCUCAUUUUGGAAGAAAUCUUUGCCGGCAAUCUGCACAAUAAAACACUGAAGAUCACCGAUUUCGGUUUGGCGCGAGAGCUUUACAACACAACACGCAUAUCAACGGCGGGCACAUACGCUUGGAUGCCGCCGGAAGUGAUAAAGAGUAGCACGUACUCCAAAUCAUCGGAUGUUUGGAGCUACGGUGUGCUGCUGUGGGAGCUCAUCACAGGCGAAACGCCAUACAAAGGUUUCGAUUCGUAUUCAGUCGUAUUUGGCAUUGCAGUGAAUAUGCUAACGCUGCCUAUACCGAAAACUUGCCCGGAUGCAUGGGGAAAACUCAUGAAAAGCUGCUGGGAGAAUGACCCACAUAAGCGACCGGGUUUCAGGGACAUACUAACGAAAUUGGAAGACAUUACACGUUCAGGUUUCACGCUGACGCCACAGGAAUCGUUCAACACUAUGCAAGAUGCCUGGAAGAAGGAGAUAGCCGAAGUGCUGCAAGAGUUGCGCUUGAAAGAAAAGCGUUUCCAAGCAAUCGAGGAGGAAUUGCGCACCAAAGAGGAACGCUUGAAUCGUGUUCAGAGCGAACAGGACGAACAGGCCAUGAAUCUGAAACGCUUCGCCGAGCAGUUAAAGCUGCGCGAGAUGGCUUUAAUCGGGCGCGAGCUUCAAAUUGCACAACAAACGCCCACACCGAAUCGUAGGCGUGGGAAGUUUAGCAAAGUGAAACUUAAAUUGCUUAAAAAGAACGAAGUGCAAAUUUCACUCCCAACCGACUUCCGGCACACAGUGACAGCAAUACACGACAAACCCUUGACUGAUACACCGCCUGGCUCACCAGCGAUUUCCCAAGUGCGCAUCGUGGCACUCACGCCACCGCAACUGCCCCCUGACGGCUACAAAGGCAAGACGUGGGGUCCUUCGACGGUGCACCAGCGCGAGCGUCCCCACCUGCCGGCGCUGCUUGCCACCGAAUGGUCCGGCCCAGCUUCCACCAACUCCUUGUUCAGCAAGAGUGCACCAAAUCUAGACAAGAAGGCGGUGCGACCCACUCAACUGCACUAUCUGCACCACAGCCACCUGCCGCAUCACGCACUGCGCCAGCAUUCGCCACACCAUCACCGCCAACAACAUUUGACGUCGCACCAUUCGCAUGCGCACCAUUUUGAGUAUAAAUUCGGCUCGAUGCCAUGCUCGCCUACCACACCGACCUAUGCAUCUGACGCCUGCAUCGGCUACAAUGAGUCAGGCUACAAUUCCAAAGACUGGUGCUCGCCUUUACACGCGCUGCCAGCCGCCGCUGGCGCCGGCACUUCCAUCGUGGACGCGCCGUUACCCAUUAUGUCGCCCAAUCCCUACCUGCUGAGCCGCUUUACUUCCAACAUUCCCAUGCCCACGCUGUACGCCGGCGAUGCGGUGCGCAAGCCAAAGCUUUCCGUCAUCGAAGUGCUGCUCUACAAUAUGGCCGCGCUGCUUGCCGGCGUCGCCGCUGGCUAUGACGUGCGCAUCUCGAACGUGUCACCGGUGCAUCCAAUGUUGCUUAGUGAUGUGCCCGCAUUAAAGGCACCCAUGGAAAUGGAGUUUCCAAGCGUUUUGGAUGAGCGCAGCCGCUUUGCCGCCAACACUUAUCAUGGCACUGGCAACAAGCACAAUCGUGCCACAUUGACUGCAGCCACAUUCACGCGUUUAGAGGAACAACGCACUCCUCUGCAUCCGAAUCCGCGCGGCUCGCCCAAACUGCAUGGCACUACGCCCAGCUUUUACUUCCAAAAGCAUGUGUUGCCCCCAGCCGACAGCAAGUUAGCAUUGCAACAGCAGAAGCAAACACUGCAACAUCAACAGCUGCCACUAACCGGCUCCACCACAAGCGGCUUAGGCUCCAAUUUCACCAACAAUACCUCCGCGCUGCUUUCGUCUUCAUUGGGAAGUCAUACGCAGCCUCCAACACCAUCGCCGCGUCGGAAAAUCAGCACCUCUUCAUUUACUGAGAAUCUCGAGUAUUCGCUACAAGAUGACACGCCACCAACGCGCCGUUUUGAUGACGACUUUAACGCUGGCAGUGGCAUGCCACCCUCCGCAACGCAAUAUACGCGCGCUGAUUAUUUGCGUCACGGACCGAGCUUCUCCAAUGAUGGCGGCGCUUAUGGCGCAGGCGUGCAUCGUGCUGGCUACUUCGGCUCCAACUAUUUUCCGUAUCGGCCAGAGGUGCAGUUGGCGUAUCAACGCGACUGUAAAUCGUAUCCUGACUACUCUUACGACUACAAUCACCGCCUGCCCAAUUACUACGACUACAACUACGACCCACAGCAGCCGCACCAGCAAUCAACGCCAAAGCAUCAGCAGCAACAAGCUCAGCAACACUAUCAAACGCGCACACCGCCGCCGCGCGUACCGCAAAUGGGCGUCAGCGCUGCUGGACACCGGCGCACACCAUCAACUAUCUCCAAUAGCUCUAACAUCAAUCAGGGCUUCUCUUUCGAUCAGGAUGAGCUGCAUGCGCCAGAUUUGUAUGACUACAACAAUCUCAAUUUACAACUGAACAUUAAUAUGGGCGCCGGCGGGGCGCCUGACUUUGCGCACUACCGCGAACUACCGCCACCUCCUCCUGCACCGAUUGGCGUAGUGCCACCGCCCAGCAAACAUGAGCUGUAUAAGAGCUCACCGAAGAUGGCACAGCGCUUGAAGCGCGGUGGUGCAGGCGGCAGCAUGGGUGGUGUCGACACAGGAGGCGGCUUAAAUCGCAUUCGCGACUAUGAAAAUUUACCCGCGUACAUUGGUAGCCCAUUGCACCGGACAAAGUUUCACAACACCUUGGCCCAGCAGCAACAUCUGCAGCAAUUGCAUCGCGAACGCGAGCAGCAACAUCAGUCACUCUUUAGUACACCGCAGCAUAGUCUCUACACACACACCACACACGCGCAAUCAACGCCGCUGAGUCCGGUACACAUGAAACCGUUAAGCGCGCAAGAGCGGCCAGUUUCGCUCCCUUUCGAACAGGCGACAGCGGCGCUGGGCUUCAAUGGCAGUGGUUCCAACAAACUGCGUUCGUCGCUUAAAAAAUACAACUAUAAGACGCCUAAUGGUGGCACCGCGUCUAAUACCGGUAAUGGCGCUGAAUUGGUGGGCGCCAAUAUGAGCAAUGGUCUUGCCGUAGUAAGUGGCAACGGUGUCACCAAGCGCGCCGGCAGCAUUUCUUCACAGCAGGGCACACCCACUAAUCCCACACCCCCCGAUUCGCUCACCAGCGAUGACAGCUCGUAUCUGAGUGCCAAAGAGGGCUCCAUUUCCUCGCAGCACAGCCGUGUGCGUUUCAGCCCCGAGGCGUUUCUGGACGCGAGCAGCGGCAAUGGCAGCUUUAACAAUAGCAACAGCAACAAUGGCGGCAGCAGCAGCGCUAGCGGCUAUCUCAAUCAAUCCACAAUAUCGCUUUUCAAUCGACGCAUAUCGCGACGCCACACCAGCGACAUGUCCGCCGGCACCCCACCAUCAUCCUAGCAGGGCAGCGCCGCCCGCUUCACCAAUAUAACACUGCAGUUGGCGCGCAGUCCAGGCGCUUUGGUCAGCAGUUCAUUGUCAUUGAAUUCGCCGCAGCAACAGCAGCUAUCAACGUCGGCGCAGCACUCAAUGCAGCAGCUCCCCUAUCGCUGGUAUUCUGGUGCACGAAGAUCGCGUUCAGCGCACUACGAAUAUAGGUUGUAAGCAAGCAAGUGGUGGGAGGCGAUUAAUGCUCGAAAACCAUUAUUGAAUAAGAAAAAAACAACGCAAGCGCGGUGAGCAGGAGAAAACUUGUAUGUUGCAUAAACGGACGCUUGAUGUUCCCAAUAAUCUACUGUAACAUUUUCGGUUUCCACUUUUAAAUAAAUAAUUAGGGCGUACAACCAAAGGAGAUGUACAUAGAACUUACAACUUAGCGAGUAGGCAGGUAUUAUCUUUCAGACCGUUGUAGUAUUCCAAAAUGUUAAGAACAUUGAUCUAUAUACAUUCGCAUUUAUAAGCAACACACUCCCGAUUAGCUGUUAGCAGUGCAACAUUUUCAUUUCAUAUCUUGAAAAUCACUGAAAAUGAGUAUUCAGCAAACGCUUUGUUGAUAAAAUUUUAGAAUAAUAAAUUUUUCGAACACAAUAAGAGGCUUUAAGGUCCUUCACAUACGAAUAUUUAGGGAAUAUGAAAUCGUCUUAGUAAUCAUAUUAUUAAGCAGAAAUAACUCGACUAAAACAAGAGAUGAAUUACGAAAAAGCGCGCUGAAAUUAUCCGCACCAGCAUAUUUUAUACAGACUCGAAAUUUUUCAACAAAAAAACUCCUUUAAAGUAGCUGAAUAGCUUUUGAUGUACCGGGAAAGCAAUAAAAAUAAAAAUCAAUAUUUAUUUCUUUUCAAAUUUCGCUAACUUUGUACAUUUAAAUUUGCUGAAUUGCUUUGUGAUGCCAAAUUCAGGAAAAAGUUACAACUGAGCGCGCUGAAUGAAACUAAUUUCACGGAUGAACACAUUUUAGAAUGCGAAAUUCUAUCACCCAGCUGAAUGGCGCUGAAUAAACUUUACGUUUGUUUUGAAAGCGAAUUAUUGACUAAUAAGCCAAGCCCAAAAGGCUGAAAGCGCUGAAUGAAGUAAAUUUCACGGUUGUACACAUUUUACAAUGUUUUGGUGCAAAUGCGAAAUUCUAUCACCAAGCUGAAUGGCGCUGAAUAAACUUUACGUUUGUUUUGAAAGCGCAUUAUUGACUUAUAGGACCAGCCUAAACAUCAUACGCAAAGCUUACAUACUAUAUAAUGCCCUGAAUACAUUUUAACAUAGCUGAAUAGCGCUUAACUAGGCUAAGUAGCGCCAACAGUCUGCAGAAAUCGCACCUUAAAGAUUUAUAAAAACGCAAAACAAAUGCGAUUUGCUAAUUACUCCAAGCAUGCCAAUCAUUCCCCUAAACACUUAAUUGGUUUUGCCAAACAUAUGUACAUACCUAUUUAAUAGCAAGAAUGAACUCUUAAAACGCUAAGUAUUUGUAUAUAACUACAUACAAACAUGUAAGCAAUCAUACACAAUUCCUAUUGCCGCAUAUUUUGGAAACAAAAAGUUCUCAAAGCUUGCAAUUUAUGCAAAAAUUGUCAUUUAAAUUGAACUGCAAACUGUAAAUCGAUAAUGAAAAAUCCAUGAAAAUGCGAGAUAGUUUUGGUUGAAAACAUUUCUGAAGUAGAUUCAGGACACUAAAGAAUGACAAAAGUUGUUUUUAGAAAUGUUUUCAAUGCGAACGACGGAUAAAAAUAUUUUUUUCAAAAUCCCCUAAUGCUGUUUGCGCAUUUUCGAAAAUAUAAAAACUAAAAAUAAAUCCUUAAUCAAUGUGAAAUUGUAUUCAAUUGAUGCCUUAAUAAAAAAUUAUGGAAAAAUUAAAAACUCAAGCAAACAAAACCAAAAAAAAAAAAAACACGAAAAUCAUAAAAAUUUGUGUAUUCGAACAACAAUCAGAGGAAAAAACGGUAAAUUGAAAAGCUCUCAAAAUGUAUUAUACGAGAGAUAUUCGCUUUUGAAUUACCAUAAUAAGAAUUUGUAAGUUUCUUCUUCAUCUCUAUACACGGACGGAGAGUUAGGUGCAUAACUUUAAGGCUGAUGUUAUUUCAUAAGUGUAGAGUAUGUAGGCAUUACCGUUAUACAUGUGGUACAUACGUACAUAAAUAAUCGACAGGAAAAGCAAAAUGAAGAAGUACUAUGUUUAUGGAUUCAUAUUUAAAAGUUCAAGUUAAAAAAGGAACAAACAAUUACAUAAUAAAAAUAAUA